AUACUUCAUACUUGGCGCCUUACCGCCACUGGCCUUCUGUUAUUAUACGUAUAGGUACUAUUACUAGGCCUAUUUACUAUUAUAUGCUCUCUCUAUUACAAUUUUCCAGUAUUAGUUACUUCUCGAUGUUGUGAUGGAUGGAGAAUAAUAUAAUCACAGUUAAUGGUUUGAUAGAAUAAGAGAGAUCAUGGACUCUGGUUAUUUCACGCAGUCCCAACAGAAAUCUUCACAUUCCAGUGUUGACUAUGGACCAGCUGGAACCAUUGUCAAGGUUCAGAUGAAGAAUUUCAUGUGCCAUGACAAUUUAGAGGUGAAGUUAAAUUCUCGGAUAAAUUUCAUCUGUGGAAAAAAUGGCAGUGGAAAGUCCGCUAUCCAGACAGCGAUAGCGGUUGGUCUGGGAGGCAAAGCUUUGGCUACCAAUAGAGGCUCUUCUUUGAAAGAUCUCAUCAAGAGUGAGAAGUCUUCUUGUACAAUAAUCAUUGUGAUCUCCAACCAGGGGCCAGUCGCUUACAAGCCGCAAGAGUACGGCCCCCUCAUUCAGGUGGAGAGAGGUUUCUCCCAGACCUCUUCACUUGGUUACAAGAUCAAAAACUCAGCAGGAAGGAUAGUCUCUACAAAGAAAGCAGAGCUAGAUAAAAUUCUCGCUCAAUUCAACAUCCAGACCGAAAACCCAGUGUGUAUCCUGCACCAAGAUGUCGCAAGGAACUUCCUGAACUCCUCUGAUCCAAAAAACAAGUUCAUGUUUUACUUGAAAGCCUCCCGUUUUGACGAGAUCAACAGUAUAUACUCUGAAAAUAGAUUGAGAAUAUAUGCUGUAACGGAGUCCAUCGAAAGGAAGUUUGAGGGCUUGAAAGAAGUAUUUAGUGAUGUAAUUGAAAUGAAGAAAAAGCUAAAGACUCUGGAAGAAGCCAAAGAGAAAGACAGACUCCGGAUCAAUCUUGAAAAUGAGAUGCUUUGGGCUGUGAUCAAUGAAGACACAGCAAAGGCGGAAGAACUGAAGAAAAGGAGGGAGAUUGAAAUUUUGGCAAAAAACAAGGCUGAAAAGAAAUUGGUUGAAGUAGAAGAAAGCAAUUUAAAGGACAAAACUGAGAGAACUAGAGGAUAGAAUAAAGAAAUGGAUAAUAUGGUGAAAGAUGCAAGAGAAAAGGUGCAAUCUGCUAGGGAAGAUUUUACCAACAAGAAAGAGAUCUGGAACAACUACAUCAAAGAACUGAACGAGACUAAGCAGAGCCUUAGGCUGGCCAGGCGCAAAUAUGACAGCUGCAUGGCAGAAAUAGAGAACUUAACAAAGAAUGCUCCGGAAAUUAAACAACGCCAGGAGAGUUUGAAGAGGCAAAUCGCAGAGUAUGAGCAGAAACUGCAGUCUAUCAAAGCAGCAGAGAUGAGCUUCGAACACGACCGGCAGCAGUUGAAGGACACGGUUGAACAAGUCGCCGGGACAAUAGAGGCUAUGACUAGCCGCUGGGACAACAUCCAGCGACAGAAAAGAAAGCGGGAGGAAAACUUGAAGAUGCUGAGUCGAAACGCCAGCAGCCUUUCGGUGUACGGAGAGGGCGUUGUAAACAUCGUGGAUGAGAUCAAUAAGGCAGUGGCAAGACGCAAGUUUGAAAAGAAACCAAUUGGACCCCUAGGGCUGCACAUCAAAGUGAAGGACUCAGUGUGGUCUGGAGCUGUGGAGAACUUCCUCAGCAAAUCCAUAUUGACUGCGUUCUGUGUCGACAACAACAGAGACGCUUCAGUCCUGAGCGGAAUACUCAAGUAUGUCUGUGAGCGUUACAAAAUACCACAGCCUUCCAUAUUCUGCAGCAAAUUCCUGCCUAAUGUGCACAACAUAAGGGAAAGUGAAACAGGCAAUCACAAAUACAUGAGUCUGGCGAGAGCUCUAGAAAUAGACAAUCCAGUAGUGGCUAACUGCCUCAUAGAUCAGCAAGAGAUAGAGACUGUGUUGCUGAUACCCACUAAUGCAGAGGCAUACAAUAUCCUGGAUGAACCACGCAAGGUGCCACGCAACUGUAGGAGGGCCUUUACACUGACGGGAGACUUGUUCUUCCCGGCUCCCAACUACAAGUCGUACUCUAACUCCAGACCUGUGACACAUGCCACCUUGCUGCAGGCCAAGCAAGAGGAUCUUAUCAGAAACUUGAAGAACGAAAUUACAACAUUUUCCCAAGAGCUGAACUCUGUAGUUGCAGAAAGACAAGGUAUGCAAGAGCAAAUGAAAAACACAAUGAACUCGCUGAGAAAAAACGAAGAAGAACUGAGGAACCUGAAGAAGCAGAGGUUUGCUGUGGAACACAAAAUCAAAGAGAUGGUGAACAGUAUAGAGCAAGAGAAAGACGAAAGCAAUGUUGCGUACCUAGUACAAGAGUCAAAGGUGUUACAGGCUCAAUUGGAUAAAGAAAAUGAGAUUUUGGAGAGAUUAAAGAACAUAGGUGGAAACCUGAAGACAAAUGCCGAAAACGCUAAAACGGAGUAUGAAUCUUUACAAAACACAAUAGCAGAAUCCGAUCAAGAAAAAGCGCCUAUUCAAGGGAAAAUAGAGCAUUUAAAGUCAGCAAUUCAACAAGCAUCUUUGAAGUCAGAUCAUAUUCAAGCCAAGAUAAGGGAAUACGAGGAGAAUGUGAACAAAAUAGAAGCGGAGCUGACAGAGUUGACAGAUAAGAUCAACAUGCAGACAAGCGAUGCUAUUCAGAUUUGUGAUCCAAUAAGAGUCACGCGAGAAUCGGGUGAGAUCAAAAGAGAAUUGAAACAAGUACAAAUGUAUCUGCAAAGAUUGGAAGAAGAGAACGGAGGAUCGUUGCAAGUCCUCGAGAGGAACUUUAAAGAGAGACACGACCAGUUCAACAAAAUCAAUUAUGAGUUAGGAGAGCUGAAGUCCUUGUUGAGGAAAACUAAAGAUGCUUUAGUAAAAAGGAGACAGAAAGAACAUCAGCUGCAGAUAAGCAUGUCUACAUCGGCCAGGCACAACUUCCACAUGUAUCUAACAGAGCGUGACUUUGAUGGCUGGUUGAAAUUCGACUUCUCUGAGAAGACAUUGAAUAUCAUAGUGAGACACCAGGCUGAGACUGACUUGGCCGUCCAGACUAACACCUCUUCAUUGAGUGGUGGGGAGAAGAGUUUCUCUACAGUCGCUUUUAUCAUGGCCAUGUGGCAAGAGGUGAAGCUACCCUUCCACUUCCUCGACGAGUUCGACGUCUUCAUGGAUGGCAUUAACCGCCGCAUUGUGAUGGACAUGCUGAUAGAACAUGCCAAGGAGACCAAACAACAGUUUGUGUUCCUGACACCUCUGGACAUGUCGAGUGUCUCUAGCUCCAACAUUAUCACUAUUCACAGAUUGGAAGCCCCUAGGGACUAAGAGAUGGCACUCAUAAGUCAUAAAAACAGUGAUGCUUUGUAUAAUAAUUAUAAGUUUAUUUAUUGAUAGUUUUAGCUAUAAGCAUACCAUAUUAUAAUAGUUAUAUCAUAUAAUAGUGCCUUGUUUGACAAUAAUAUUGUGAUUAAACUUGUUUUAUACCGUUA